CAUGGCAUCCCGCAGCCCCAUGGCCGCCCCCCGCCCGGCGCACGGCUGCGGCAGCGGAGCGCUGCUGGGGCGCUUCGGGGUGCUGCUGCAGGCGCUGCUGGCUCUCUGCGCCUUCAGCACCCUCAUGCUUAAACGAUUUAAGGAACCAAAGGCAGAGAGGCGUCCCUGGAGGAUAUGGUUUUAUGAUACCUCCAAGCAAGCAAUAGGUGCCCUCUUCAUCCACUUUGCCAAUGUUUUUCUGUCUGAUCUCACUGAGGAGGACCCUUGCUCUCUCUACCUUAUUAAUUUCAUCCUGGAUGCCACGCUGGGGAUGCUGCUGAUCUGGCUGGGUGUGAAAGUUGUCUCCUGGAUCGUGCAGCACAAGAAAUACACAUACCUGGUCUUUGGGGAGUAUGGUGACCCUCCACAAGCUGCUGCUUGGAUUGGCCAGUGUAUCCUCUACUUGCUGAUAAUGGUUUUUGAGAAGACUGUGAUUAGCCUUGUCCUGCUUAUCCCUGGUUGGACAAAGCUUCAGCAGAUCCUCCUGGGUUACAUCCCAAGCCCUCAGCUGGAGCUUGUACUGGUGAUGUUUGUUGUGCCUUUCAUUGUCAAUGCCAUUAUGUUCUGGGUUGUGGACAGCUUGAUCAUGAGGAAAUACAAGCAGAAGGAUACCCUAGACAUCAAUGGAUCCACAGAAACUCCUCGGGCCAGGAGGACUGAGGAAUCUCAGGUACUGCUCUCUCCAGACAUGGAUUAUGAUCAGUCUGAAAGCGACCAGGAUAUUUCAGGACUCCAGGGAACCAGCCAGAAGAUGAAGCAGCCCAGCUAUCAAGUGGUCAUCUGACAGCAGUGGGACAAGGGAGAUGGAGGAAGGAGAAGCACUGUGAUCCUUGAGCUGGCCAAGGAAGGGCAGGGUGGGGGAAUACUGGGUGACUCUUGUGGAUCUACAGAGAUCUUUUUGCCUGCCUCAUCUUAGACCUAUCCUGCAGUUGUCUUGGGGAUGGUAUCUGUGCAUCUUGUACAGGCUUGAGCAGUAUCUGCUUUACCUGUCUGCCCCACACACAGGCACAUUGAGGUUGGGGAUACAGGGAUGUACUUCCCUGGCUGGACAAACUUGAGUGUGACUUUUUUUUUUUCUUUUUUCAGGGCUAGAGACUAAAAUGAAAAGAUUGUCUGUUUUUUUAAUAGAAAAAAAAAAAAGGCUCUAUUCUGUAGUACCUGAGCUAUGACACUUUUAUAUGCACAAUGCUCAAAAGAAUUGGUUUGCAAUAUGUAUUUAAAUGUCUUGAAUUGGGAAGCUUG